UCCGUCAAAGGAAGAAAUUCUUCCUUUGCAGGUGAGAAUGGUAACACGACUCUAUUGGGUAAAACAUUGAAGCCUGCCAUUGUACGAAAAAGCAAGCUAGUUGUUGUUGAUCUUGCUGGUUCCGAACGCAUUAACAAGUCAGGGAGUGAGGGUCAUACAUUGGAGGAGGCCAAAUCUAUCAAUCUCUCUUUGAGUGCACUAGGAAAGUGCAUUAAUGCUUUGGCCGAGAACAGUGCCCAUGUUCCUGUCCGUGAUUCAAAGCUUACUAGACUGCUUCGAGAUUCUUUUGGAGGUACAGCAAGAACCUCAUUGGUUAUUACUGUUGGGCCAUCACCACGUCAUCGAGGGGAGACAUCUAGUACCAUCAUGUUUGGACAACGGGCUAUGAAAGUGGAAAAUAUGCUAAAAAUCAAAGAGGAAUUUGAUUACAGAAGUUUAUCAAGGAAGCUCGAAAUACAAUUGGACAAAUUAAUUGCAGAACAUGAAAGGCAACAAAAAGUAUUUCAGGACGAGAUUGAAAGGAUAGCUUUGGAAGCACAAGAGCGUGUUGAUGAGGUGGAACAAAACUAUGCUGAUGCAUUAGAGAAGGAGAAACUGAAAUAUCAGAAAGAUUACAUGGAAUCCGUUAGGAGGUCAAACACAGAGCCUACCAUGCUAUUGGCUUUAGGUGAAGUUGCGGAGAUUAAACAAAAGCUUCACAAUGAAAUUGCCUUGCGCAAAGCUGCAGAAGCUGAAGUUGACAAUCUUGAAAAUCAAUUGAUGCAUUGGAAAAACACUGAGAAUGCCAGAAAUGCCGAAUUCUUGAAGCUUCGUAAGAGGCUGGAAGAUGAAGAACAACAGAAGGCAAAACUCGAAGAUGAGAUAGAGUUGCUACAAAGUCAGCUACUGCAAAUAAGUUUUGAAGCAGAUGAGGUAAGCCCUAAGCAGUCAAGAAGAAAUCUUGAUAGAGGUUUGAGUGGAGAGAUACCUAGUCCCGUGGAUUCUCUCACCCCCGAGUCCAACCAUCAAGAACCCAGAGAGUCCGGUAAUGGAGAGAAAACCUCGAUGGUGAAACUUUUUGAACAAGUGGGAUUGCACAAAAUAUUGUCAUUACUUGAAUCAGAAGAUGCUGAUGUACGUAUUCAUGCUGUUAAAGUAGUUGCAAACCUCGCAGCGGAAGAGUCGAACCAAGAAAGGAUUGUGGAAGCUGGUGGACUUGCAUCUUUACUUACACUCCUGAGAAGUUCCACUGAUGAGACCAUACAUCGCGUUGCAGCUGGGGCUAUAGCAAAUCUUGCAAUGAACGAAACGAACCAGGAGCUUAUAAUGUCUCAAGGAGGCAUAAGCUUGUUAUCACUGACAGCAACCAAGGCAGAGGACCCUCAGACUCUCCGUAUGGUCGCUGGAGCCAUUGCUAAUCUUUGCGGCAAUGAUAAGUUACAAGGGAAGCUAAGAGCUGAAGGCGGUAUUAGGGCUCUGCUCGGAAUGGUUAGAUGCAAACAUCCAGACGUUCUCGCUCAAGUUGCUCGUGGAAUCGCAAACUUUGCAAAAUGCGAGUCUAGAGCAUCUACUCAAGGAACUAAGAGUGGGAGGUCAGUACUAAUUGAAGAUGGUGCACUCCCCUGGAUUGUGCAGAAUGCUAAUAACGAAGCUUCUCCAAUCAGGCGUCACAUUGAACUAGCACUCUGCCAUUUAGCACAACACGAGGUGAAUGCAAAGGAAAUGAUUAAUGGUGGGGCCCUGUGGGAACUCGUUCGCAUAUCUCGAGAUUGUUCAAGGGAAGAUAUAAGGGCUCUCGGUCAACGAACACUAAAAUCCAGCCCUAGUUUCCAAGUUGAGUUGAAGAGGCUAAGAAUCGAUUGUGGCUGAAGUUGUGAAGAAUCAAAUUUUAAAGUAUAGUUAUUAACUUAGGUUGACAAAGAUUUGAAUUUAUAUAGCCUUUAAAUAGUUGGAAAAUACGUUAAAUGUUUGUUAGUAAGUUAUGUACCAAUUUUUAACCAUUGUUUCUUCCUUAGUAACUGGUACUGGAAUUGUACAUAGAACGAUGAGUGAAUAGUUUGUCUUGUGAAUCAUUUCUACGAACACAUUUGUUUCCAAAUAUGUAAAUUGGUAUUUUUGUU